AUGGAUGCCGAUAUAGAAUUUUCAAAUAAUGAGUGUGAUGAGGUAGAAAUUGAUAAGGAGAUUGGAGGUGAUGAAACAAUUGAAGAACCUACGGUUGGAAUGCAAUUUUCAUCUGUAAAAGAAGUGCAUGCUUAUUAUAUGAAGUAUGGUAAGAAGAAAGGGUUUGGGGUAUCUAAAAGGAAUAUUAGACAGGAUGACGAUGGGACAGUGAUAUUGGAUCACGUCCACGCCUGUAGUUCGGGGAAGGCAAAACAUUUUAGAUGCUUUAAAAAGGUUGAUGCUCGUGUUGCCAAGAGGCUUGAAAUAAAUGACGAGGCAGGUAUAAGGUUGUCCAAAAAUUUUAAGUCUUUGGUUGUUGAGGCGGGGGGUUAUGAGAAUUGCGCAUUCGGGGAGGAGUGUCGAAACUACAUUGACAAAGCACGACGACUUCACCUCGGGGCAGACGCUCGGAGUAGAGCUGUGUAUGAAUCAUUUGGGGAUGUUAUUACAUUUGAUACAACAUAUCUCACUAAUGCUUAUAAAAUGCCUUUUGCACCGUUUGUGGGUGUGAACCACCAUGGACAGUCAAUCCUACUCGGUUGCGGAUUGAUAUCCAAUGAGGACGCAGAUACAUUUGAGUGGUUGUUUCAGUCAUGGUUGCAGUGUAUGAAUAACCAACCGCUAAACGCAAUCAUCACAGACCAAGACAAGGCCAUGAAAAUUGCAAUAUCGAGGGUGUUUCCAAUUUCUAGGCAUCGAUUCUGCUUGUGGCAUAUAAUGAAAAAACUUCCUGAGAAAUUUGGCUCACAUUGUCGAUACGGGAAAAUAAAGAGUACCAUACAUAGAUGCGUAUAUUACUCUUUCAGUCAGCAUGAGUUUGAUGAACAUUGGUGCCGUAUGCUCGAUACAUAUGAUUUGAAUGAGAAUGCAUGGUUAGUAUCACUGUAUAGUGAUCGACAUUAUUGGGUGCCGGCCUAUGGUAGAGACACAUUCUGGGCAGGAAUGUCAACCACACAGCGAAGUGAAGGAAUGAAUGCAUUUUUUGACGACUAUGUUCACUCUAGAACUACUCUGAAGCAAUUUGUUGACCAGUAUGAUUCGGCCCUUAGGAGGAAGGUAGAGAAUGAAGCAAUUGCUAACUUCAAUUCCUUUAACAAGGACAUUCCUUGCAUCAGUCGCUAUCCUCUUGAGAAGCAAUUUCAAAGUGCAUAUACUCUUGCUAAAUUCAAAGAGGUACAAGAGGAAUUGCGAGGAUUUCUAUAUUUGACUACUAAGGAGAUGGGGUGUGAGGAUGGUAGAUAUAUGUUCGUUGUUGUGGAUGAGAUUCAAGUUGGUAAUGACUUAUUAAAACGUGUAACAUUUAAUGUGGAAGUUGAUCAAGAUCCCCUUGAUGUGAAAUGCAGUUGUAAGUUAUUUGAGUUUAAGGGUAUUUUGUGUAGACACGCUCUCCGUGUCUUAACUCAAAUGGGCCAACAUACAAUACCAUCAAAAUACAUAUUGGAUCGGUGGAGGAAAGAUAUUAAGCGAAAAUACACCUUCGUGAAAAGUAGUUAUGACACUACUAGCAUCGACGAUGCACGAAGGUACGAUAGGAUCCAAAAUUGUUUCUAUGAACUGUGUUCCAAUGCUUCAAAGGCUGAGAGCAGUUGUGUUAAAUUGAUUAGUCAGAUAGAACAGUUGAAGACACAGUACCCUGGUAUCGCUGAUCAUGACACUAGCAACACAGUUGAUACAGCUCCUUCGACGGAGGCUUCAACCCCUAGAGUUCUUAGUCCUUUGGUAGUUCGGAGUAAGGGAAGACCACCGUCUAAGAGAAAAGUGCACCCCGCUAAGAAGAGUAUUAAGAAAUCGAGUACGAAAAGGCGAUUGCACAACAACCAAGCUGAGGUUCAUUUUUAUUAA